UCGCAAUCCAUACUAUCCUCAGAGCCAGAAUCCCACGCUUCAAUCCCUACCAGUUAACCCAGAGGCUCUCCGCAUAAACCUCCGCGACUCUUCCAUUGCCCCGGAUUCACCCCGCAUCGACUUAUCUCACUCCUCCACAAUCACCACCACCAUCCACUCCCCCUCCCAAUCCUCAAACAAAGACACCAACUCCCUACCAACAUGCCAACACCAACCCCCCUCGAAGAAAAGCUACGCAUCCUCCACAACUACUCCGCCUGCGACGUCUCCGAUGCGCUCCUCAAACUCCAAACCCCAGCCCCAGGAACCCCCGCCCGCGCCGGCCACCUCGCCGACCUAAGUAAAAACAAAGCCCCCUACCCCCACGCCCACCCCCAUCCCCCAAGCCCUAGCACCACCAAAAUCAUCGCCCCAGCCUCAACCAUCAAAUUCAUCUCCAAACACGACGAUAUCCCCGCAGCGAGCAACGACAAUGCGCACACCAUCCCCCCGAACACGCACUGGGUCGACACCGUCGACCCGGACACCAUCGUGGUUGUCGACCAACCCCCAGCACAACACUGCGCGGUCGUGGGCGGGAUCAUGGCGCUGCGCAUGAAGUACCUAGGCGUGAAGGGGGCGGUGUUGAACGGGCGCGUGCGCGACCUCGCCGAGUUUAUGGAGUGUGGGCUCCCCGUGUGGGCGCGGGGGACGUCGACAGUGGGGAGUGGGGCGGAGGCGAAGGCGGUCGCCCGCAAUGUCGCUGUUGAUGUGGGUGGGGUGGUUGUUGAGCCUGGAGAUAUCAUUGUCUGUGAUCCGGUUGAAGGCGUGGUGGCUAUUCCGCGCGAUCUGCUCGAUGCCGUUUUGGAGACGAUGCCUAAGUUGGUGGCGAUGGAUGAUCGGGUGAAGGAGGCUGUGGGGCAGGGAGUGAGUGUGUUCGAUGCCUUUAAGCGGUUUCGUGGGAAGAUUUAG